AUGGAGAAAAAAACAAGCGAAACAGCUAAAGAUGAUGAUAACUUAUUUAAUUGCAUUCAAUUAAAUAAUCCAACAGUUCAUAUUAGUAGUAGUGAUAAGUCAAAUAUUUGGAAUGAUACAAAUUACGAAAUUAUGUCAGAUUUCAUUUCAGUAAAAUCAACUGUUACUUCUGGAAUUACUCCUACUUCAUAUAUAGAAGUCAAAAAAUUACAGAAAUUACUUAUCAGUCGAAAAGAUGAUAUUGAUCAUAUAUUAGAAUCACAGCCUGUUUAUGCUAUAGGAAUUGACUUCCAAAAAGAUUCUACCAGGCCGUGUAUUGCCUGUUGGGUUGAUAGACCUCUUGGAAUUCACAUUUUGGAAUGUCUUGAAACCUUAUUUGAGGAACAAUAUGAAGCUAUUUACCAAGUAAUACUUGAAGAUAUUGAAGAUAAUAAUGAUCAGAAUCUAAAUAAUAAUAAAAAAGAUAUCAUUGCUAAUGGAAUUAUUUUCUCGUCUGAAGCGAUUGUUACUGUAGAUUCUGUUGAACCAGUGAUUUUUCAAAAAUUUACCAUAACUGCUCGUAUUUGGGCAGAAAUUACAUCAUCUAAUAUUCUAGAAUUUGAGGUUGAUGUGCUUGAUUGCAAAACAGGAAAUAUGCUUAGUAGAACUAAUUCACCAUUAUUUAAAAAGCAUGGUUAUGGCUAUUUUAUUGAUUCUAUUGAAGUUUGUGUCUCUCCGAUUGCACGUACAUCUAAUAAUAAUAUGAAAAGCUUGUUCACAACAAUAGGUGCUGCCUUUCCACAGAAGUUAAAUCGCAAUGUUGAACUUUCAACAAUUCGUGAAUCAAAUGUUGGUGGACAAUUUAACGGAGAGUUUGGAAUAGUCCCCAAAAUCGUAGCUCAAGCAAAUGGCAAUGUAAAAUAUGUUGACAGUGUUAAAUCAAUAUCAGAUGAGUGGGAUGUAAAUCAUUGUGGUUGUGGUACUACCGGAGAUUUGUGGUCACAUCACUAUACUGCUCAUGAACUUGAUAAAGAUGGAAGCCGCAGAACAAGUUAUUCUCCUAGAAAGCAUUCUAAUACGUGGCGAAUUUGGGAAGAGAUGGGUGAAUUUCGAAUAACUAUUACUCAAGUAUUACGUUAUAAGCCUGUCAAACAAAAAUUUUUUGUUUUUUCACGUCCAAAACUAAUAUUAUGCACCAUGAUUUCCCACAAUUUUGAAAUAACUUUUAAAGAUCUUGAAAAUUUAAAUACAAAAUUAGCAAAGCUCGAUAAUGGCGAGAUUUAUCGUAAUAAGAACGACAUCAAUAUUAAAAAUCCAGACCCAAUUAUUCAGAAUUUAGAUGAAAGCAUCAAAAUGAAACAUUCAUUUGUAAAAGUUUAA